AUGGGGUUGAGUGAGAGGCAAUUUUGAUUUCAAUGGGUCAGCAAUGGUGCAGAGACUGAAGAUUGAUUGGGAUAUUAUAACCAUGAUUCAGCCACGAAAAACAAUAGAUUGGACUGCAACACAAGUCAAUCAGGAUCUUAAGAAACCUAAAUGGCAUGUUGCAACAAUGAACAGGACUCUCAGCUCGGCACUUUCUCAUCUUUCAACAGGAUACAAUGAAUUGCCUUUAAAAAGUCGAAUCAAAUAUAUGCUUCGGGUAAUUCAAGCAGUUUACUACCCCAUCCUGGCUAUUGUUGGUCUUGCCGUUAACAUUGUAACAAUUGUCAUCCUGUCUCGUGGAAAGUGUGGUCUCUCCGGAUGUAUUACUCAUUACCUGGUGGCCAUGUCAGUGGCAGAUUUUCUCGUUGUUAUCCUGGAUCUGAUGUUGAGACAUAUUCCAACUGUUUUUAAGAAACAGUUUAUUUUCAUUAAAUCUGUCCCUUUGUGCAAUGUCCAUGCUGUCCUGCUAUACACAGCUGUUGAUUGCUCUGUCUGGUUCACUGUUGCUUUCACCUUUGAUCGUUUUGUCGUACUUUGCUGCAGAAAGCUGAAAAGCAUAUACUGCACUGAAAGAACAGCGUCUGUAGUUCUCGUAUCAAUGGCUGUUUUGAGUGGUUUAAAGAAUAUUUUCUGGUAUUUUAUGUUUACACCUUUGUACCGCCUUCAUAAAGAACCCUGGUUUUGUUAUGUAUCAGCAGGUGUUCGGUUCUCUUUAGUAUGGGGCUCCAUCGAGUUUGUUCAUUACAUUGUUACUCCAAUUAUCCCGUUUGUCCUCAUCCUACUGCUGAACGCAUUGACAGCAAAACACAUUUUGUUGAAAUCCAAUGUCCGCAAGAGACUUCGCAAUCAGAGCAAUUUAAGGAAUGUCAGAGACGCUGAGAUGGAGAAUAGAAGAAGAUCCAUAACAUUACUCUUCUUAAUCUCUGCUAAUUUUAUCCUAUUGUGGUCAACAUUGUUGGUUUCUACGUUAUGGCAGCGAAUAAGGUUAUUGGGGUACACUGUAUGGCUUCAUCGAUUUUGGCGAGAUAUUGGCUUCAUGCUGCAGCUUCUGAGCUGUUGCACAAAUACUUGUAUUUAUGUUGUGACACAGAAACUGUUCAGAAAGCAUUUGAAGAACGUUCUACUGUACUUAUUUACUUUAAAAUUCCAAGCCAACCGAUGAUGUAACUAUUCAAAAUUGAGUAUAUUGAGAAUUUUUUGAUUUUACUUCGCAUUUCGCAUAUAGGUAACUCAAAAUUUGUUUUCGUUAAAAAGUCAGGAAAUUUUCACCAACGUAGUUGUGCAGUGGGGUUUAAGGCCUGAUCCUCAUUGCCAUUGAAGUAAUAAAGUAAUGCUCAAUCACCUUGGGAUAGGAAUGAGGAAAUGUCGCACAUGGCUAUCAAGGGGAGUAACAACUUAGCCUGUGCAAAGUAAGUUAGGAAACAAAGCUGGCACUGGCCAUCUUGUUGUGGUCUCUGGACAUAAUUGUUCUCUAAGGUAUUUGAUGGGUGAAUAUCCUGAGACUCUAUGCACACAUGGGAAGAUUUCUGUGAUCUUUUGCCCAUUAUACAGGUAAGAGAAUUGUAAUCUAUUGAUCAAGAUGAGUAUAAGUAGAACUAGAGCUUCUGUCACUCAGAAUGAUCGACUGUUGGGGGUAGGAUAAAUUCCUUCUGUACUUGGAGAAUUCUGAGAUGGCCUGGUCAAACUUUCUUUCACCAUUGCAUUUGGUUCGUGCUUAAUUAAUGAUUGGAAGGCCAGGUUCACAUGACCAAUGGCAGAUUACGAAUUAUAUCUUUCCAUUUCAUUUGUUUUUGAGAAUUUGCGGAAUUCUUUAUUCCUCAUGAUAUUGUAGGUGAUGCACGGUUCAAUCCCCUUGGUGCAUGGGUAUAAAUGGUGACAAUUCUCGAGCCAAAGGACAAUGCAGUUGUCAGUCAGUCGAUGCCAUUUCCCGUCACACUCAAGCAAUCAGGCUCAAAAUGGAAAGGAUCAUCAGAAACCUCGCCAGCUAACAAUCACCAUAUUAGACAGGAUAACUGCAAGUGGAGCAAAACAGAAGAAGCACACAACCUUCUGCAUCUAAGACAUUGGAAUUUAAGCAACAUCUUAUCACCACAAUAUGGAAAGAUGUUUAAUCCCUGAUAAUGUUUAACAACCCCAUCGCCUGGUUAGCCUUCCUCAACAGGAGAGACAGUAAAAGCAGACAGUUUAAAAGGUUCAAGCGAUGGUGAAAUAAACAUGCAGAAAGUUUGCAGGGUAUGCUCGUUUUGGCACCUUGAAAACCAUGCAGAAACAUUCCAUAUGAUUCAAAAUCUGGUAGGAAUUCGGGAUGAAAAACAGAAGUGACUAAAACUGCAAGAUAUUGGCGCAUGCUGCUCACAAACAUCAGAUUGAGUAAAACUGAGAAUUGAAGAGUGACAGAAGAAUAUGUUUCACACGGGGUAUGGUAUAAAAUUCAGUCAAUAAAUAAAGUUUUGGCAUGCUGAAAUGUCAAGCAAUCUGUUUCUUAAUCACUUUUCAAGUGAAACAGGUCUUUGACGCAACAAAAGGCAAAAGAACUUGAAAGAGGGUCCUAUUUUAUUUUCUUCUGUAAAUUUCAAUAUCAAGGUUUGAUGGGGACAAUCACUGCUGUUUUGUAAUGCCUUAUGCAAUACAUAGUUUUGAUACUGCAACUGGCAAAUGAGCUGAGUGCAGUUACAAAUGUUGAUUCCACCCAAAACUCACUUUGAGCAAAAUCAGCACGAGUUGUCUUUCCUGCUCUUUCUUGUCUGAUUCUCUCGACUCAGAUGCUAUCCAGUUAUCUUGUUUUUCAAACCAGGCACAGGGUACAAAAUGUAAUCCCCAUUUUCCAAUGGCAGCAACGAUCCAGAUGAAACACAAUUCUGGGGUAUCGAACUCAGUGUCACUCCUGUUCACUUCGUCAUGAAGAAUGAGAGGACAUUUACUUACUAAAACUGCUUUAUAGUUCAGGUGGAUAGCAUUUCUGCAGCUGAGCCGGCCAGCCUGAGAGAUUAAAAUGUACAAUGAAGAGGGUCACACAACUUGUCGACUCAUUGACUGCGUCAGAUGGCAGAAAUUAAUUCAAUUGAUAUUGAGGAAAAGCUGAACCCGUAUAUGAGUUGUGGGCCAGAUAAUUGCUUCUUCAUGGUUGACGGAGUGUUGUGGGCCAAGCAAUUAUCAACCUUUCAGACAAACUUCCUUCUCAGUUCCUUGUCUUCUGGCUUUCUCAUUUCAAACCGCCUGUUCAGGAUUGGCUAAAAUUGAUGAUGAUCUUCGAUAGCUGCAUCACGUGGAGUCAGGCCAGAAGACAUUCCUAUACACGGAGAAGCUGGCACAAUAAGACUGUUUGUUUUCUGUACUUUUUGGUUAUUACAUUGUAUGAAAGGGAGAGUUUUGAUGCAAGUUAUUGGUGUUCACUCAGCACUGGAUUGUGAAUGGGUUCAGGAGUGAAACUGAGCCUCCAAAUGGGACAUCAUUCGAGGGGUCCAGAAGGGAAAAAAUUGCA